CUGAUGGUGUUACUGAACCUGUACCUGUUUAUCGCCCCUUUGGUCAUCAGGCCCAGGCUGGAGUACGUCUACGUGGCCACUGGUCUCUUCGGCGGGGGGCUCCUUCUGUAUGUGACCUUAAUUCACUUAAGACUAACACUACCAUUUUAUGGUGAGCUUUGGUAUGUCAUACUUCUCGCUGUUACACGCAAAGCCUCUUAUAGAGUCUUCGCUGUUAGGCCAGGGGUCGGGAACCUUUUUGUCUGAGAGAGCCAUGGAAAGUAAUUCUGUGAAAGCCAUACAUUAUGUUUAAAACUAAAAUUCAAGUAAAUGUGUGCCUUUUGUGUAAUUUCAACACUAAAAAUGCAAUAAUUAUGUCCCUGAAUUCUUUUUAAUAACAUUGUUAUGCUGUUGCUAAUCAAUAAUGAGUAUUUCUUACCAUUUACGCGAUUUUUUUUUAUAAUCGAACAUUUGUCUGCGAGCCAGAUGCAGCCAUCAAUAGAGCCACAUCUGGCUCGUGAGCCAUAGGUUCCCGACCCCUGUGUUAGGCUGUUACGGUUAUAUCCAAAGCUUCUUAUUGAGUCUUCUCUAUUAGACCGUUACUGUUAUAUGCAAAGCUUCUUAUAGAGUCCUUGUAGCUCUAUUUAGUGAUUUGCUGGGAUAAUAACAAACACAGUGCCAUUAACAGGAACUUUUCUUUUAAAUGCAGACAAAUUGGUGACCUGGACUCAACUUGUCUUGGAAGUUUGUCCGUCGGCCAAGUCUGUGCAAUGA